CUCACUGAGUGGCAGUGCGUGGUCCAACAUUGGUAACUUGCGUUCAAUUGCAACAAAUGGCUUCAGAUAGCGGCGAAGAGAAGACAGCAGAGGAAGGCACGAUGACGAUGGACGAAAGAAAAGCAAAAAUGGAGCAGCUGAGAGCGAAGAUGCGUUCAACGACGAAAGCGAAUCGUGCCUCCCUCAUUGAAGAGUCUGCCAAAGCAAAGAUGACAGCGAGGGAGACUGCACGGCUAGAACGACAGCGGAAACUUGCGGAGGUGUUGCGUAUGCAGACUGAAGCUGAGGAUCGGGGAGAGGAUGUGGAACGGCAGAAGAACUGGGAAUGGACGAUAGAAGAGAAUGAUAAUUGGGAAAAGAAGAAGGCGAGGAAGGCACGGAGAGCGGAUUAUGAGUUUCAUGAUGAUGUUCACGCUGCUCGACGGCGCUACAAGAAAGACCUUGACCUCAUUAAGCCUGACCUCACUACAUACAGCCGACAGAAGGAAGCCGUAUUGGGAUUGGCACCAGGGUCUCUUUCAAAGUCUGGGAGCAACACGCCAUCGUCGUCUGCUCUCACAACCUUUGAUCCCUCAGGCGGGCAGGUGGUUCCAUCAUCUGAACAACGGAUGGCUGCAGAGAGUUUCUACCGAGAUGCCAACACUCUACUGUACGCUGACAACAAGCCUACUGAAGACGCCAUCGAUAGAGUGGUCAGCAAGAUCAACAAAGACAUUGACAAGAAGGGCAAAUUUUCGCGAAAGAGACUUAAUGAGGAUGAGGGCGACAUUACCUACAUUAAUGAGCGGAAUCGCGUGUUCAACAAAAAGAUUGCGCGGUACUACGACAAGUAUACCUCCGAGAUUCGGGCUAGUUUCGAACGAGGAACCGCGCUAUGAUGGCAUGACCAUGGACCACCAGGAUGUUAUACUUAUUCGACCCCACCACUGCGCAUGUAUUCAGACCAUAUGCAUUUACUCGCAUCUUGUAACAUUAAGAUUUAUACUAUUGAUGCGCUGCACGAUACGAC